AUGGCUCUGUUGAAUGUGCUCGUGCGCGGGUCGGCCGGAGCGCGGGGCGGUGCGCGGGGAGGGGUGCUGCCCCCGUCCCCCGCGCCGCACCCGUCCCACGGCCCCACCGCGCUGCACGUGCUCAAAGCCUUCGUGUUCAUGCUGAUCAUCGUGGGCGCGGUGCUGGGCAACGCGCUGGUAAUCGUAUCUGUCAGACGGCAUCGGAAGCUGCGCGUGAUCACGAACUAUUACGUCGUGAGCUUGGCUGUGGCGGAUAUGUUGGUGGCCCUUUGCGCUAUGACCUUCAACGCUAGCGCUGAGUUAACUGGGGGCUGGCAGUUUGGCCCAAUUGCAUGUGAUGCUUUUAACUCAUUAGACGUGUACUUCUCUAGCGCGUCCAUACUCCAUCUAUGCUGUAUAUCAGUAGACCGAUAUUACGCCAUCGUUCGACCUCUAGAGUACCCCCUGGCUAUGACGCCGCGGACUGUGGCGUUUAUGCUAGCAAAUGUGUGGUUGUGGCCAGCAAUGAUCAGCUUCGUGCCGAUAUUCAUGGGUUGGUAUACAACAGAACAGCACCGGGCUUUCCGUCGCGCGCACCCCGACCAAUGCCCAUUUAAGCCCAAUCUCCCCUAUGCGCUGCUUUCUUCAAGCGUGUCCUUUUGGGUGCCAAGUAUCGUGAUGUUAUCUAUGUACUGCCGCAUCUUUCGUGAAGCGAUACGCCAGCGUGAGGCGUUAGCAAGAACAUCUUCGAACUUGCUGCUAAAUUCUGUGCAUCGGCAUCGCUCGCAGCGGCAGUACUAUCCGCCAGACCUGCACGAUCAGACUGACCCCCUUGAUCCAGCGGGCGCAUCUGAGCCGACUGAUAUGACCGAACUCAGCCCCAGCCCGCGCCGUUCGGAAGCAGGUAGUUCCGGAUAUUGUUCUGGAGGUAUACCGAGCUGCGGUUCCGCUGUCAACGCAAAGGCCGCCACGGAGUUGAACACUCAAGGGGCGUCCUUACGGGCCGCCGGCAAAGCUUGGCGUGCGGAGCAUAAAGCUGCGCGCACACUGGGAAUAAUUGUUGGAGCCUUCUUACUUUGCUGGUUACCGUUCUUUCUCUGGUAUGUGAUAACGACAGUCUGCGGUGAGCGUUGCGCAACGCCAGAUGCAGUAGUGGGCGCGCUAUUCUGGGUUGGGUACUUCAACUCGGCGCUGAAUCCACUGAUAUAUGCCUACUUCAACCGAGACUUCCGCGACGCUUUCAAAAAUACCCUCCUUUGCGCUUUACCUUGCUGUUUUCGCUGCUGCAGUUGGAAAGAUUCAGCAAACACGCAUUAUGUUUGA